AUGUCGGGGGCCCCUGACUGGUGCAUCUGUCUGAGUGGCCUCACCCGGCCCGUCAGCCGCCACUGCCACCACGCAUUCUGCCUGGCCUUCAUCGGAGAGUACUGGAGGAUCACUGGCUGCUGCCAGUGCCCCUUGUGCAAGGCACUCUUCCCCACCAGACCCGACCUCAAACCGCCACCGGCGGACCACCCUCUUCCUCCAGUGGAGGGCCGCCCGCCGGAGCCUUUAGAGGCCGGCGAGGUCCCCUGCGACGCGUGUCCGGCCGGCGGACGCGCUACGGCGGCGGCCAUGUCGUGUUUGGUGUGCCUGGCGUCGUACUGCCCGCUGCACCUGGAGCCGCACUACCUCGACGCCGCGCUGCGGCGCCAUCGACUGGUCAGCGCCCUGAAGAACUUCGAGGGGCCGUGCCGGCACCACGGGAGGAGCGUGGACCGCUUUUGCCGCACCGACAGGACGUGUAUUUGCAGGAUGUGCGCCGACACGGACCACCGGGACCACCGCAUCGUGCCGCUUUCAAAGGAGGCGGCCCGGGCGAAGGCUAAGCUAAAUAAACAGCUGUUCAAACUCACGCGAGCGAUUCAGGAGAGAACAUUACGCGCCGAGAACACCAGGAGGUCGCUGACGCUCCCCACCCGCAGAUCUGGAGGUGAUCUGGUCGAGGCGAAGGGUCUGGAGGAGGCCGGGGGUCUUGGCGAGGCCGAGGGUCUACCCAGAGACCAGGAGCAGGAAACCCUGGACCUCCAGCAGAGAAAGACGGACUUGGAGGAACUUUCUCAAAUGGCAGAUCCUCUGAGUUUUUUACUGGUCUGCUUAAAUCUUUCACUUUCCACUUCCAAGAUAUACCAAUUGUUUAUAAUCACAGACCUACUGAGGAUGGUUACUCAUUUCCUCUUUCUCUUUCCAGAAAUGUCUACAGAAGUGUUCACCGUAAAUACGAGGAAAUGA